AGGGGAAGGAAAGAAUUAGAAAUAAAAUUAUGGCUACUUCUCCUUCUCUCCAUCUUUCCCACAAGUCUUCACGAGUGGACGCGAGCAACCUGUUAUCCAUAGAGCUGGAUGAUAUGGGGUCCAUAGACCAACAGGGCCUCCUUCCUGGAGGAAGAGGAGAGAGUGCUGAUCCUAAUUUAGAAGUGUGGAUAACAAAGUCACACGUUAUGAUUAUGAAAAGAGGAGAGAGCACUGUAGACACACUUUGGUACUCGAGGGAAGACGGGUCUCUACUCGUUGGAUCAAGUAUUGAUGUACAAGCAAAUUCUGUGCCAACUAAACUCUGCCACUCUUUUGGAUUAAUAGGAAAACUCCAGUUACUUUCAAACACUGGUUGGUAUUUGUUAAUAAUAACUGAAGCAAAGUCCAUAGGUCGCCUACCAAACACAGACUCUGAUGUGUUUUGUAUCGAGAGAGUUGCACUGAUUUCUUUAUCGGCUGAGAAAUCAAUAGACGAAAUUAAAAUGGAGACGUAUGCUCAGGAUCGUAGAGAGAAAGAUGUUAAAGAUAUCGGGAAGUUAGAGAAGAAGCUUAAGGAGGCUUUGCUUCAGAUGUUUAAUGGAUCCAGGUCAUUCUAUUUCAGUUACGAAACAGAUCUGACGCAAUCGGUUCAGCGCAAGCACGACUGUGGAGACGCCAAUAAACUGAGGAAAUGGGAAAGGGUUGAUGAAAGAUUCUUUUGGAACAAGAAUAUGUUGCAGGAUUUACUUGAUAAUGAUAAAACAAUUGACAAGUGGGUAUUACCCGUUGUUCAAGGUUAUAUUGAGAUCAAGACCAUACCCAUACCUUCUCCAGACCAGCUCGGAAUAUUCCUUAAAAAGCAGCAGUCACACGACACUCAUGUGACCACAUUUUUAUUGGGGACUCCGCCCAAAGAAGGCAUGGCUACAGCAUCAGUGGACGUGGAGGAAAGAGGUGGAGAGGAGAUAAAGAGAAAUGACCGAAAAGAUGAACAUGAUAUCUAUAGUUCAACGCCAUUAGCUGCUUCUUUGCCAAAUGAACUAAAUGAUACUUUAACUCAAUCAAAUCAGCAUCAACUUGAUCAAUCAAUAACUGAUACUCAAUCUGAUCUCAUAUCAUUUCAUACUGAUUCCAAAUCAUCUCAAUCUGAUCUUAAAUCAUCUCAAAUUGAUCCCAAAUCAGAUUCAGAAUCAUCUCAAGCAUUUGUUAUGGUUCCUAAUAUCUCAAGUGAUGUACCAACCGUUACCAUGGCUCUGAUAUCAAGACGGAGUCGCCACAGAGCAGGAACCAGGUAUCUAAGACGAGGGGUCGAUAAUGAAGGACAUGUUGCAAAUUUUGUGGAAACAGAAAUGCUGCUGCUAGCCGCGACUCAUUUAUUAUCAUUUAUUGUAGUAAGAGGAUCCGUUCCAGUGUAUUGGACACAGCCUGGCAAUAGAUACAGGCCACUGCCAAUUAUAGAGCAAACUGAUGAAGAGACAGCUGUUGCAUUUGAGCGUCAUUUUGAAAGCCAGAUGAACCUGUACAGGGAACAGGUUAUUGUUAAUCUAAUCAACCAAUCAGGAAGAGAAAGAAUUGUGUCAACAGCGUUUGAGAAGCAGCUGCUAACAUUGGACUGUCCGUCACUGACUUAUGUUGCUUUUGAUUUCCAUCAUCACUGUAAGGUUAACCAAUGGCAUAACAUUAACCUACUCUUAAGUAAUAUUGAACAAUACAUUACAAGACAAAAAUACUUUUGGAUUGAUAAUGAUGAAGGCAGCUCAGGACAGCCUUUAUGCUAUCAAAAUGGAGUCUUUAGAGUAAACUGCAUGGACUGUCUUGACAGAACUAACGUGGUGCAAUCAGUAAUAUGUAAAGAAUUCAUACAAACUGCAUUACAGAAGCUAGGUCUCAUUGAUCCUUUUACUUCUCUCACUGGUCAAUUUCUAAGACACUAUCAGGAACUAUGGGCCAAUAAUGGGGACACCAUCAGCAGGCAGUACACAGGAACUGAUGCCAUGAAAGGUGAUUUAACAAGAUAUGGCCAGAGACGUUUGUAUGGUGUAAUGAAAGAUGGUUAUAAUUCAGCUCACAGGUAUUUGCAAAGUUUGUUCAGAGAUGCUUACAGACAAGUUGUCAUUGAUCUCCAACAGGGUGCCCCAGUUCAGGAUGCAUUGACUACACUGUCACAGUCUCAGAAAGGAAUAAGUGAAGAUGAACAAGGCCUGAGACAAAGAUCAUACUCUGACCUGCCACCUUGGUCCUCCGAGAGAGAACAAUUGAUUGCAGAUAUGAUUAAAACAUGUCGAGAUAAUUUAUUUCCUAAUACGUCGGUACCAGUAAAAGGUUGGGCACUAAUUGAACCAGCUGGAUAUAGUUUUGUUCCAACUUCAGAAGGUGAGGAAGAUGCUGUGCUGUUGCUCUGCAAGGAGAGACGACAUAUUUGUGUCGCAAAUUAUAAUAAUGAAUUUGAACAAGUAGCCUGCUGCAUUAGGAUACCACUGGACAGAAUAGAAAGGAUAAGUAUUGGUCCUAUUGGUAGUAUAUUGAAGACAUCACGAAGGGUCUACAUGAGAUUAUUCUAUACUUUAUUCCCGGGCUGCUCCUGCUACUUCACUUUCAGACCAAUCCACUCUAUAUCACUUGAGGAAGACAAACUAACUUUAUUGAGCUUAAGUCAAGAAUUAGUAGAAGUUCAACCAACCAUCACGCUACAAGAACAGAGACUGACAAAGAAGGCCAGUAAGUUCCAUGAAGGUAUAGUCUACCUCAUAUCUCCAUCAGAAUGGGCAGCUGAUGGUUGGGAGAAUGUCCUUAUACCAGUCAAAGAGACCAGAGAGACAGCUCCUGAUAAAGGAGGCUCUAUAUUUUAUGAUAAUGUCUCCUCAUCCAGCAGUGCCUCUGUUCGAUUAAGUAUCCCUUCACCUAAUGAAGAGGAGAAAGGAGGAGAGGGAGAGAGAGUAUCAUCACAGAGUUCUAUCACCGAUGAUGAUAAUGAUGAAUCGUUUUCUGCUCCUGCUUCUCCCUCUAAAUCAAGGGAAAGUAAAAUAACAACAUUGCAAGAAAGGUCAAGGCUAUUCUCUCAUGGAAGUGCUGAAGAUUUACCGUCAAGAGUCAUUCAAGAUGACAGUGGAAAGGGAGAGAGGAGGAGACACAAGAGAAGAGAGUCCAUUGGCUACGUUAUAUUAGCCAGUGCCUCGUCAAGCAUUGAUCAGAACGAAUCAAGUCCUGAUCAGUUGAUUCAAAUUGAUGAUUUCCAAUUCCGUGAGAGAGUACCAUCACCAAGAAGUCCCUCCUCACCACCUAAUAAUACUAAACCACCUGGUCCCACCACAACCAUCUCUCCUACCAUUUCUCCUAUUCCUACAAGUACCACUUCUCCUUCAAGCUUCUCUCCUACUUUUAGUCCGUCAUUUUCUACAGCAUUUUCUUACAAUGCAACAACUGGAAGUCUACCAGAGAAAACACUGCCUCCUUCUCUUUCUCCAGUAGAAGCCAUCACUCUCAGUGCUCCAGUCUGUGUCACUGAUUUUGAGCCUUUGGAGGGAAACACUGCUCCCAGCACAGCUGCUAAUACUGGAGGAACAGGGAAGAGGUUUUCACGUUGGAAAGCAAAGCUAUUCAAACAAUCGCAGCAACAGGAAGCACGUUAUGAAGAGGAGGAAGAGCUGGAGGAGAAGCAAAGUGACAGCCGUUUCUAUGUUGACAAUGUUGAAGAGGAGAAAGAGGAAGUAGUAGCAGGAGGUAGAGGAAGAUUAGCGAGGAGUAUUCUGAGGGGAAUCAAGACUAGCAGCUCAUCGCUGACAAGAGAGAAAGUUGAUAAUGUAGAGAUUAUUGAUGAGGAGAAGCAGUUGAUGAUUAGUGCAAUGGCUGCCAGUAGAACAAAAUUUAUAAUCAUUUAAUCAUUAAGUACAAUUUUUAAUAGCAUUCAUCAUCUAGUCAUUAUUAUUUAAUAUGAUAUUGUGUUCUGUGAUUCUAUUUCUGAAUUUUUUAAUCCUCUUAAUAAUGGAAUGAUAGUUAAAGAA